AUUUAUACUCUCUCUCUCUCUCUCUCUCUCUCUCUCUCUCUCUCUCUCUCACACACACACACACCCUAAAAAGGCUUUUCACUCUCUCACUGGACACAGGCUGUGUGUGAGUGUGUGUACCUGCCAGAGCUUGAUCCGACAGCACAGCUGAUCCACCAACAGAGCGAUGCCGUGCCCUUAGGCCAGUAAUCAGGAUGAUAUACAAACACACCGUUAGAGGAACCUGCUGUUAUUUGAGCUUCCCUGAAUAAUCAAACCAUUCUCCGAUUGUGACUCCACCAUUUAAAUCAAGGUGUUGACAUCAUCUUGAUCAUACGUUUGGAAUUAUUUUGUUUGCCUGAUAUAGUAAAGCGGUCGGGACAGCAAGGGUUUAUUUUGGACAAAAUGGAAAGUUUAGCCCAGGAGUCCAGAGCUGAACGCAUAGCUCGCUACAAGGCAGAGAGAAGACGGGAACUGGCUGAACGUUAUGGCAACCAGGACGAGGAGCUUCCAUCUAAGUGGUCGAGAAGAGAGAGGGAAGGACGGGGUUUUCGCGACUCUACGUGUGCAGAUAUGUCAGGAUCAGAAGCAAUAAAUGGAGGAAUGAGAAGAAAUGGAAGAAUACCACUAGAUGAAAAGCCAGUUUCUACAAAAAUCUCCAAUGGGUGUAGGAAUAACGCCAGUGUAGAGAACAUCCACCAGAACAGAUCAAUGGACAAUGAAAAUCAAGACACCUCAGAAAUGGAUGUAAAGACAGAUGACAGAGCCAAGAUGAGUGUAGCUGCCAAGAUGUCUCUGUUUAAAGAGUUGGAGAAGACAGCUUCGCCCGAGGUUUCUUCCCUUCUCAAACCACGCUCCAGCUUCCAUGAGCGCAGAGCUCGCCGUGGCAAUGACAACCGGGCACUCACUCAGCCAAUCACCUUUGAGGAAACAGUGACGGCAGCGAGUCCUCAGUCAGGUGAGUCCAAGCCUCAGACUGAGCUUGAGGUGGAAGAUGAUGCCAGUUCAAAGCUGUCUAUGAGUGAGAAACUGGCUCUCUUUAACAAACUCUCUCAGCCCAUACUGGGUGCCGCCGGGUGUCCAAAGGGAGAUGGCGGCUCUCUAGAGGCCGGUGAGAGACGCAGACUUAAAGGAGCACGUUACCGCACGCAGCCCAUCACUAUAGAUGAGGUCAAUUUGCUUCAAAAGGGGCCUGUUCAGCUUCCUCAUCUUCAUCUCUCGGCUCAUCUCUCUGACCGGCAGCAGGCUCUGUCCAUCAAUCUGAAGCCCAGCGAAGUAGCUCUGAACUCUACACAGGAGCCUGAAUCUUCCUAUGAACUCACAACAGCGCCUUGUCAACAGCCUACAGAAGAGUGCAGCUCCAAGAAUGCAUUGCAUCAAGGCACAGAGAUUAAAGGCAUUUUAAAAAAGAGCAGUUCGGCCAGAGCGGUGUUGAGAGGUGGAACUCAGGACAGCGAUGAACUGAAUGGACAUGGUCAGGAGCAGAAUCAGGGAGAUAUGGGAGAGAUGAAUGAGGAGAGGCGUACGUCUGUGUCACCUGUGGAUUCAUCUGUAGCUUCAAUCUCAGGUGCUCCCUGGAGGCAGAGGGCGAGGAAGGAUAGCGGCGCUUCCUCUGUCAGAACACGACGAUCUGUACCGAAACCUGAGGGACGUCUGUCUCUACCAGAACAGAUGCUGGCACAAGCCCAGAUCAUGAAACAUGGCGGUUCAUCAUCUGUCAGUGACAGGCUGAUGGAUUCAGGAGUGACUGAGGAAGAAGAGGAAAAGCAGGGUGUAGAGGCAAGAUGCAAUAUGACGGUUAGCAGUGAUGGACUACAGGAUGAAGCUGUCAGUACAAUUGACUCUACACUCCAAACUCAACUCUGGGAGCCUGUGUUCUCCUCUGUAUAUUCUCGUUGUAAUUCCACACCUCAAUAUGUGAUGUGUUUCAAUGAGAGAAGUCUUUCUUAUGAAGCUCAGGAGGUUUCCUCUCCAUCUCAAUCCCAAUCACACGUAAAGGGGAGAGUCAAGGCAAACUGUGAGGAAGAAGAUUCUGCUAAACUUGUCCCUAUAGAGACGCAAAUCAUUUUCCCAGAUGAGUUUAGAUCGAGCCCACAGUGUGCUUCUGAGAUGACUAAAGAGGCCAUGAGCUCUGAACCCUCUUCACUUCCAGCUUGCCAGACGAGCGGAGGAGACACAGAACCUGACCUGAGCACUCUCUGUCAAACAAACACUCCAAUUUUGAGCUCAGCUGUGGCUGAACACAGGCGUUCAGUGCGGCCGUCUCGCAGGACUCAGGGUUCAAGGAAUCCAUUACGAGCUCUUGCUGCUCGAGAGGAUAUCCAACAGGAUUUCAUGCAACAUGAGGACAACAGCCAGAUGGAGAAUAACAGUGAAGCUACGAAUAAAUCAAACUGCUCCACAACUGAUGUCACUUCCUGUGGUAAAGUGAGCAGACCCACGGUGCCAUACAACAAACUCAUGCUCAUACAGGUUAAAGGAUGGAGACAGGUACAGGUGCGUUUGGUGGAACCCGUAUCACGCUCUCUUAACAGUGGCGACUGCUUUCUGCUGGUUACACCCUCACACUGUUUCCUGUGGACCGGAAAAUUCUCAAACACCGUUGAGAGAGAGAAGGCAUCUGAAUUGGCCUCCUUGAUUGUGACCCAGGGGGAUCUGGGUUGCCAAGCAACAGGCGUCAUUCACCUGGAUGAAGGUGUAAACACAGACAGCCCGCAGGCUGCAGAGUUCUGGAAACUUCUCGGGGGACAGACCGAGUAUAAAGGUCCUGAUGGUGCUGCUGAUGACGAACACUUUGAAAAAGCCAUUUCAGAGUCAAACUGUAUUUACAGUCUACAGGGAGACAGACUCAGACCACAUGAGCAGGGCUGGGCCUCCAUACCACACCUCACCCUGCUGGACUCCUCACAGACUCUGCUGUUUGACUUUGGCAGUGAGCUCUAUCUGUGGCAUGGGAAAGACGUGGGGCCGAGCGAGAGGAAGGUAGCGCUGCAGCUGGCUCAGCAAGUCUGGGACGGAGCUUAUGACUACAGCAGCUGCAGGAUCAACCCUCUGGAUCCCUCUGGUGGCCACAACCUGAAGCAAGGCACUGGCCGUCCGGACUGGUCAAUAUUUGGACGCGUAUUUGACCAAAACGAGACUGUACUGUUCAAAGAGAAGUUCGCUCACUCAUUUGAACAGACAAGAAUGAGCAAGAAUCACAUUGCACUUUCCAUACAAGAGGAAGUCCAGACCCCCUUGCUUGAAUCCUCUUCCCCGCCAAUGCUUGUUGAGCAGUGGUCAUGUGAUGCCAAAGCCCUCUUCUGUGGAGCCUGUUUCUCAAGCCCGUCCCAAGUCAUUUUGGAUGGUGUGGAUGUACGAAGGGGACGGGACCUUGUCACGCUGAGCAAUGGUAGACAGGCCGAGUUACAUACUGUGGCGUUAAAAAAGUGGCUUGUUUUAGAGGGUGAAGAGCGUGAGGUAGAUCCAGAGAGCUUUGGACAGUUUCAUGAGGAAAACACAUACGCUAUACAGUGGACGUACAGCCUCGCGACUGUGGUGGAUCAGACGAAAGAAGAGCAAGAAAAAUCUGUUCUCUUCAUCUGGAAGGGGCGACAUUCGAGCAUCAGUGGGCGGGACCUGUCAUCAUCAUUGACCAAACUGUGUAGUCCUCAAGUGUUUGUAAAAGAAGGGGAGGAGCUACCAUGUUUUCUGCAGCUGUUUCAGGGACGGAUGGUCAUUUACAGACAACAAAGCAGCAGGGAUGUAGGAGGCUGGCGUAUGUUCUGUGUGAGAGGUGAUGUGCCAGUGGAGGGCAGUCUGUUGGAGGUUGAACCCGUCUGCUCCAGCCUGAGGUCUCGUGGAUCUCUGCUCUUGCUGAACGGCCAGCAGGGGGCAAUCAACCUGUGGCAUGGAUGCAAAGCCCACACCCAAGCCCGACAGGUGGCAAAGCAGACCGUCCAACAUCUCAAAGAAACGUGGCCACCUGAGUUUGGCUUGAAAACUGACAGCUUUCUGAACGUCCAAGAAGUGGAGGAAGGGAAAGAGCCAGCUGAGUUCUGGAAUGCGAUUGGACCACAGGACAGGAAGUCGUAUGAUUGCAUGUUACAAGAUCCUGGUAAAUUUAAUUUUACUCCUCGCCUUUUUCAUCUAAGUGCCCAGUCAGGAAUGUUCAAAGGGGUGGAGCUUAUUAGCCCCUCCCAUGUGAAUGGUGUCGUCACAGCAAUGCCCUUCCUCCAGGAUAAAUUAUAUGAGGUGCCACCUCCAGCGCUGUUUCUGCUGGAUAACUUUCUGGAGGUGUAUUUAUGGCAAAGCAGUGAAGCUGCAGCCUCACAGCGCCUCCACUGGGACAAAGAGAAGAAGUGCGCCAUGGAAACUGUCUUGCAAUACUGUAGAGAGAGAAAUCCCAGGCGGCCUCCAAUGGCGUACCUUAUAGAUGAAGGGAUGGAGCCUCUUACAUUCACUAAUAUUUUUCCUUCAUGGGAGAUGAGACAGACACAGGAAGUACAGGACUGUGUGGUGUGUAAAAAGUUAACACUGGUGCAGGAUGCCCUAGCUGCCCUUAAUAGGACCCAGUAUCCCCUGAAGGAUUUGCUGAGGAGACCCUUACCUGAGGGAGUGGAUCCACUACACCUGGAGAACUACCUGUCACAGAAUGAUUUCAAGGUUGCUUUUGGAAUGACACAGAACGACUACAACUGUUUGUCAGAUUUACAAAAAAUGGACCUCAAGAAAAGCAAAGGACUUUACUGAGCAUCAUCAGAACUGUAAUCUUGUGUCAACAAAAACAAUGACAUGUUCUUGUCAGUUUUAAGGGCUUGAGGUAAACUCUGCAGGACACUGGCCCUCCAGGUGCAGGAUUGGGCACCUCUGUUGUAAGGUGACAUCAAUCACGUGUACAGUGUAAUUGUGAAUGUUAAACCGUGAGUGUGAGUGAGUUUUUGCGAUCUUUUUGCCUAAUGUUUAGCACUCAUUUUGGCCAAAGCUCUGUUCUCACAGCUAGACAGAACUGUUUACUCUGACCUUGACAAAUUGCUGCCAUGUUUUUCUUCGUGGUUUCCCCUCCUCCAUCCUCUACUGCAGCUGUUUCUGCUCUUUCUUUAUCCCCCCUGUCUGACAUCUAUCUCCUCUUUAAACACAAGCAGCACAUGUGAAUAUGAGGUGUGGGUGAUUUACUCAACUUCAAGUUGAAUUUAGUCAUGUUUAUUUUAAAAUAAAAACAUCGACAUGUUUUCA